AUGGCAACCAACUAUUCGACACAAACUUAUACGAUUCCCGACAGCCAGACCUUUCCCAAUCAACAACCCUCUCCAGCUAGUUCGACUUCACCCAUCUCACCCCGAAUGCAAGAUUACCUGCAACAACAUGCUCCGAACCCCUACAAGCAGCUCCGCCCAUUGAAGUCUCCGCUUUACGUCCCUGCCGUUCUACGACCUACCGAACACUUUUGCCACCCCUCUCCUACGACCCCUCCCAAGAGUUUACAUGGAUCGUUGGACAGUUUGCAAGAUAGUGAAGGUCAAACAGCGCGUCCAGACGCUCGGCAGCAUUUGGACCUCGGAGCAUUUGAUCCGGAAUGGAUCCAAGAGGAAGACUUAGGGGAAGUCACUGGUCCUCCAACAAAGGAUCAUUGGAAGCCGGAUGAAGCUUCACCGACUUGUGACUCGCCCCAAUGUCGCUCGACAUUCAAUCUCUUUGUUCGCAAGCAUCAUUGUCGUCAUUGUGGACAUAUCUUUUGCUCGAUGCACACGACAUUCACCAUUCCCUUGGACCAAUAUGCCCGGUUCCAUCCCGAUGGUGUUCCUUCCAAGGCUUGCGAAACCUGCCAUCGUCAAUAUCAACGUUGGGACACCGCCAGAUCCAUUCGUCGCAAGAACAGCCAGAAUAGCAGAGACGACAGCAAUGAAAGCGGGCCUCCAACUCCGUUGGCAGGACCAACAGGUCAUCGCAGGAUGAUCUCAGGCGGGAUUCGUGGAGGCAAAGCCGUGGAACAGGUUGCGAACAGCGUUCCCAAAGAAUGGGCUUGGAGCACUUUCUGA